AUGACUAAAGCUCAUUCAGAAGAAGUAGCUAUACCCGAAUUCAAUUCUAGCGCCAAGGAAUUACCAAAACCAUUAGCUGAAAAGUGCCCAGCUAUUAUCAAGAAAUUUAUUAACGCUUAUGGUGCUAAACCGGAUUUCAUUGCUAGAUCUCCUGGUAGGGUCAAUUUGAUUGGUGAACAUAUUGAUUACUGUGACUUCUCCGUUUUACCUUUAGCUAUUGAUGUCGAUAUGCUUUGUGCUGUCAAGGUUUUAGACCAGAAGAAUCCAUCUAUAUCAUUAAUAAAUGCUGAUCCAAAGUUUGCUCAAAGGAAGUUCGAUUUGCCGUUAGACGGUUCUUAUGUCACGAUCGAUCCUUCCGUGUCGGACUGGUCUAAUUACUUUAAAUGUGGUCUGCAUGUGGCUCACUCUUUUUUAAAGGGACUUGCACCGGAAAGGUUUUCCAGUGCUCCUCUGGCUGGGCUACAGGUCUUCUGCGAGGGUGAUGUACCAACUGGCAGUGGAUUGUCCUCUUCUGCUGCAUUUAUUUGUGCCGUUGCUUUGGCUGUUGUUAAAGCGAACAUGGGCCCUGGUUACCAUAUGUCUAAGCAAAAUUUAAUGCGUAUUACGGUCGUUGCGGAACAUUAUGUUGGUGUUAACAAUGGCGGUAUGGAUCAAGCUGCCUCUGUCUGCGGUGAAGAAGAUCAUGCUCUAUACGUUGAAUUCAAACCACAAUUGAAGGCUACUCCAUUCAAAUUUCCACAAUUAAAAAACCGUGAGAUUAGUUUUGUUAUUGCGAACACCCUUGUCGUAUCCAACAAAUUUGAAACGGCCCCAACUAAUUAUAAUUUGAGAGUGGUAGAAGUCACUACGGCUGCAAAUGUCUUAGCUGCCACGUAUGGUGUUGUUUUACCUUCUGGAAAGGAAGGAUCGAGCACGAAUAAAGGUAAUUUAAGAGAUUUCAUGAACGUUUAUUAUGCUAGAUAUCACAAUAUUUCGACGCCCUGGAACGGUGAUAUUGAAACCGGCAUCGAACGGUUAACAAAGAUGCUGAUAUUAGUCGAAGAGUCUUUGGCCAGUAAAAAACAGGGUUUCAGUGUUGAUGAUGUCGCACAAGCUUUGAAUUGUUCUCGCGAAGAAUUCACAAGAGACUACUUAACAACUUCUCCAGUGAGAUUUCAGGUUUUGAAGCUAUAUCAGAGGGCCAAGCAUGUGUAUUCUGAGUCUUUAAGAGUUUUGAAAGCUGUGAAAUUAAUGACUACUGCGACGUUUGCCACUGAUGAAGACUUUUUCAAGCAAUUCGGUGCCUUGAUGAAUGAGUCUCAAGCUUCUUGCGACAAACUUUACGAAUGUUCUUGUCCAGAGAUUGACAGAAUCUGUUCCAUUGCUUUGUCAAAUGGAUCAUAUGGUUCCCGUUUGACUGGAGCUGGCUGGGGUGGUUGUACUGUUCACUUGGUUCCAGGUGGGCCAUAUGGUAAUUUAGAAAAAGUGAAAAAAGCCCUUGUAAAUGAGUACUACAAGGCCAAGUACCCCAAGAUCACUGAUGCAGAACUAGAAGAUGCUAUCAUCGUCUCUAAACCAGCUUUGGGCAGCUGCUUAUUUGAAUUAUAA